UGCAACUCCAUGGCUUGCGUAGCAUUUGCCAUGCCAUUGCCUGUGCAAAAUUUCUGAAGCUGCCCAUAGGGCCAUCCGAGCUCCGCACUGUCAUAAACGAUGUCAUUUGACUGUUGCGUUCCAUGUAUUGGACUUGCUGUCGUGUUAUCUCCAGAUUUUUAUUUUCUUUCAUUCUGCUAUGUUGUGAAUCCUGCAUCUUCCAUAAAUUCAGGAAGCAAGCCAAUUUUCUAUCUGUAUGGCAAGUCCUACAUUGACAUGUAGACGUUCUCAGUUACAUUAAUAGUUUGCACGCCGAAUCGUCAUGGAUAGAAGAUUGCACGGAC